AUGGUUUAUUUUCAUCCACAUCGUUGUCGAGUAAUUGUAAAACCUGAUAAUAAGCGAAAACUUCACGAGGAGAAUGUUUCUCUGAAUCGAAACCCCUGCUUCACCGACCCACUUCAGCGAAAGUGCAAGAGAACAAAGAGCAUGAAACCCUUCAGAGGUCAGCAGCCAAGAAUGAAUGCAGGAAUGGCUUCAUUAACUCACGUCCAUUAUAAAGUACAUACCUCAACAUUUGGAAGAGUGCAUUCUAGAAACCCAGGAGCCGCCUUUCCUAGUAUUCACAUUAACCAAUCCCGAGUAUGCUGCACAAAGUUAACCCCAUGGGAGUCAUCACCCGUCACAUAUGCUCCUACUGAUAAUCAAAGUGAUAAGCUUUUGCCUCAAAGUGCCAAUAUAUUUGAAACUCUUGAAUCUAGUAAAACAGCUGACUCAUCAACAGCAAAUGCUGAAGGGGUAGUAGAGACAAGAUCUCAACCAGGCCUGGAGCUUCAGCUUUUCAAAUGGCCAUUGUGGCUUCUGGGCCCUUCUGUUCUCCUUGCAACGGGGAUGGUCCCAACACUGUGGUUACCAAUAUCUUCAAUCUUUCUCGGCCCCAAUAUAGCCAGUCUACUUUCCUUAAUUGGACUUGAUUGCUUAUUUAACCUUGGUGCAACCCUUUUUCUCCUUAUGGCUGACGCAUGUUCACGGCCAAAGUAUCCAACAGAAGACUGCAAAAGCAAGGCUCCCUUCAGUUAUCAGUUCUGGAACGUUGUUGCAACUCUUACUGGAUUUAUUAUCCCAUCUUUGUUGAUGUUUGUAUCUCAGAAGGGCUUUCUCCAACCUCAACUACCUUUCAUCCCUUUUGCAGUUCUACUCGGUCCCUAUCUUCUUCUUUUGUCAGUACAGUUUCUGACUGAGGUGUUGACUUGGCAUUGGCAAUCUCCAGUCUGGCUUGUUACCCCUGUCAUUUAUGAGUCUUACCGGAUCUUGCAACUAAUGAGGGGAUUAAAGCUUGGGGUUGAGCUCAGUGCACCAGCAUGGAUGAUGCAUACAAUUAGGGGGCUGGUUUGCUGGUGGGUGCUAAUUCUCGGUCUCCAGUUGAUGAGGGUUGCUUGGUUUGCUGGGGUAAUUGCGCAAGCUCAAAAGCAGCAACAGUCAUACGACUAG